AUGAGAGAAAUCGAGAUGGUACAAAGCCUGGAUCAUCCACACAUUGUCAAGCUUAUCGAUUGGUUCGAGUCCAAGGACAAGUUCUAUCUUGUUUUUGAGGAAGCCAAUGGUGGUGAGCUCUUUGAUCGACUUGUGAAAGGCCGCUUCACAGAAAAGGUUGCGUGUCGCACGAUCCAUGUAGUCCUUGAGGCUAUUCAUUAUAUGCACAUGAAUGACGUGGUCCAUCGGGACAUAAAGCCUGAAAACAUCUUGUAUCGGUCACAGGCGGAAGACGCGAAUAUUGUACUUGUGGACUUUGGCAUUGCCACACAUCUCCAUGAGCACAGCGACACCGAACUGCAUGGUAUGUGCGGAAGUGUAGGAUAUGCAGCGCCAGAAAUUCUUGCGCGCAAAGGGUAUGGCAAGCCCGUGGACAUGUGGGGGCUUGGUAUUGUAACAUAUUGUAUGUUGUGUGGAUUUUCGCCCUUUUCCUCCGCGGAUCCAUUGCUUUUCCGACGCCAGCUCGAAUCAGAAGAAAUCCAAUUCGAGGGAAAGUACUGGGAUUCGGUCAGUGACGAGGGCAUUGAUUUCGUCAAGAGAUGUCUGACUCGAGAUCCCGAUGCACGUAUCACGUCCACCGAGGCAUUUGAGCAUCCGUGGUUCAAACUCAUUAGCGAAGAGCUUCACGAUGACGACGGACAGGAUAUUGGAGCCGGCAUCCGUGAGAACUAUCGCUCGAAAUGGAAGACGGCCAUGGCCACUGUUCGUGCGACGAAGCGCAUGCAAAUUAUCACAGAUAGGGCGCAGGCGAAAGCGAAUGAUCUCGACAAUCCCGAUGUCACAUCGCCGCUCCAUUCCGAUGACGAAUACUUCCCAGCGACGUCAGGCGUAGCGACGCCCGCUACUGGUACGCCCAUCAUGUCGGAAGACGCAGAAAUCCUUCCCUCUCAUUCUUGGAUCUCACAUUUGCUCCCACAUUUUCUUCGAGAUGCAUAA